AUGAGAAGUGGGGUCGCCCACCGGGCUGCUGGUCCCAGUAUUAAUCCACCUCUCCCACCACCACCACCACCUGUCUUAUCUGCUACAAUAAUUGCCCCUAAUUCUAUGUGCCUGCCUUUGGGAUCAGCUCAGAAGUCAACAUCUGCAUUGACCGAGCAAAUAUCACAUUUGAGACCACAGACAAGACCAAGUGUGUAUAUUGCUAUUUAUCCAUACACUCCUAGAAAAGAAGAUGAACUGGAAUUGAGAAAAGGUGAAAUGUUUUUGGUGUUUGAGCGUUGUCAGGAUGGCUGGUUUAAAGGAACUUCCAUGCAUACCAGCAAAAUUGGUGUAUUCCCUGGAAAUUAUGUGGCACCAGUUACAAGACCAAUGACAAGUGCCUCCCAAGCAAAAAUACCUGUAUCUACUGCUGGCCAGACAGGGCGAGUGGUCAAUGCUUCCACUGCUGGAGGAACAGUGCAAAAACUUCAGGGAAAUGGUGUGACAGUGACUUCUGAUACAAUACCAACAGCUGUAGUCUCUGCUGCACACAUACAAAAGAGUCCACAAUCCAAGAUCAUCAUGCAUAUGUCCAGUCAAAUAACGAUGAAUCAAGCUCGCAAUGCAGUUAGAACAGUUGCAAUUCAUAGCCAAGAAAGACCGACAGCUACUGUAACACCAAUUCAGACUCAAAAUUCAGCAUGCCUUAUUCCUGCUGCUGUAAUUAUUCCACACCAUUCUGUUACCUCCCAACAGCUACAACCUCAAUUUUCAAAUGCUGCUGCUUAUAUCACAGCUGUAAAUAUCAACCGAGCAAAUGUCCCAUUGGCUUGCACAACUUCUUCAUUAAACUCUCCUAGCACUUUUGUACCAGUAGAUGGAGAUUCAAGUGGGAAAAUUGUGACUGUCCAUACGGGAGCUCCAGCUUCCCCAGAGAAUACAUUGACUGCUGGAGGUACUCCUAUUAUGAGUAAAACAGAGAGAGAUGGAAAGAAAGAAAAAAAGGGGUUACUGAAGUUACUUUCAGGAGCAUCUACUAAGCGUAAACUUAGAGCAUCACCACCAUCAUCCCCAACUCUCGAAGUUGAGCUGGCAACUACAGAACUCUCCCUUCAGGGUGCUAUAGGGCCAGAAAUUUCAUCAACUUCUAGUCAGGGAAGAGCAGACCCUUGCCCCAUGGACAGUGAAUCACCUACAAUUGUGCAGGAGAGUAUUCACUGCAAAGCAAGUUCUUUGGAUUCUAAUAUCCCUAUAGUUCCCCCUCCAAGACAACCAUGCUCAUCAUUGGCUCCAGUGUCAAAUGAAUCCAGAUGUGUAAUCUAUGAACGAUACAGAGUUGUGGUAUCCUAUCCUCCUCAGAGUGAAGCUGAACUUGAACUUAAAGAAGGAGAUGUUGUUUUUGUUCAUAAAAAACAUGAAGAUGGCUGGUUCAAAGGCACAUUGCAGCGAAAUGGAAAAACUGGCCUUUUCCCUGGAAGCUUUGUGGAGAGUAUCUAAGAAAACUAAUUUGAAAUAUUUCAAGUCUCACAGCACUAUAGAACAAAGAGAGAGAUUGCAGCCAUGGAAGGCUGUAGUAUAAACAAAUUUACAUUUGUUUUUCAGUAUCCUACAGCACAAUUCUGCCAGCAAAGAAGAGUAAAAUAGUUGCUUUUUUAUGAUUUUGAAUUCUUGAGUGUAAUGUGUGCCUUGUAAUGUCUGAUUUAUUCUUCAGAGGAUUUAAGUGUGUGUGU